CCCCUACAAGCUACAACUCACACAUUGACAGACUAUAGACUACAUGCUGCCGACUCCUACUCAACAGUCCUACUCAUACAUCACUUCUCCAUCCGAAUCUAGCUGCACACUCAACUUCCGCAGCCAUGUCGCUGCCGCUCCACCUCCGAGCUUACCAAGAGCCGACCCGUGACGACCUCACCAGGCUGCUCUUCAACGUCCCCCCUCUCCUCUGGGUCAUGCCUCAGGCUUCUCCCUCUUACGACCCAGCCACGGACCCUAAACUGGUCAAGGAUCCGAGGCAUGAACAGGCAAUGAAGGAAAAGAUGGAGUCGGGUGGGGUAGGCAUGAUGAACGGGACCAUGGGAAUGGAGAUCAGCGCGAUCCUGAGCGUGGAGGGUAAAGACGAGGUGUAUUCGGGCAAGCUACACCUUCUCCCUCCCUUCCUAUGCUUCAUGUCUUUGGACAAACGGUCCGCCCGGUUCUCCCUCCCUCUCUAUACCAUCCGUAGGGUCGAACGGCUGAAUUCGAGAGCGGGCGUGUUCGCGCUGAGCUUGGCGACAUGGCACGGGCUGCGGAUUAUCCUCCAACUCACUUCCCUCCUCCCGACGGCGGAACACUUUUCCAUCCUCCUCCGGGACGCCCUCAAAGCCCAGCUUUCCGAGAUGAAACUCCUCAAACCUUUCCUUCCUACCCUCUAUUCCGAGUACUUGUUGACUCAACCGGCGUUUCUGAACAAUCAGCCGUUGGGGAUGAACACGCCGGCGGAGGAAAAGGUGGACCUGAUAAACCUCGGUUCGGACCUCGGUGGAGGUGGUCGGGAGAAGAGUACGAAUGCCAACCCGAAUGCGCCGGCGGCCGAUGCCAGAGGUCCAGGAGGAGACGGGAAAGGAGCUUACGAACGAGGGUUGGGAGAGACGUUUGGGUAUCCCGGAGAUGCGAGAAAGUUGCGAGAGAGGAGCAAGAUCAAGUUGUGGAGAGAAUAUUUCGUGACCCACGGGAGGAACUUGACCCUCUUGCGAUAUCCGCCUUUUCAGCGGUUGUUGCAAGUCGGUCUACCUUCGAGGCUUCGAGGAGAAUUGUGGGAGACGCUCAGCGGUUCACUAUACCUCCGUUAUGCAAACCGAUCGACAUAUUCCAGACUCUUGGCGGAGAACGCCAACCGGACGACUUCCGCAACGGACGAGAUCGAAAAAGACCUCAACCGGUCUUUACCAGAGUACAAGGCUUAUCAGUCCGAAGAAGGCUUGUCUAAAUUGAGGAGAGUGCUCGUGGCGUACAGUUUCAGGAAUCCCGAGUUGGGGUAUUGUCAGGCAUUGAACAUCGUCGUCGCCGGAUUGCUGAUUUACAUGUCCGAGGAACAGGCCUUCUGGUUGUUGGAAGUGCUAUGCGAUCGGAUAGUACCGGGAUACUAUACCCCUUCUAUGGAGGGGACAUUACUAGAUCAACGGGUAUUCGAGGCUUUGGUAGGUCGGUGUCUACCAAUGAUCCAUCAACAUUUCAAGAGCGUCGAUGUGCAGAUCUCGGUGGCUUCAUUACCGUGGUUCUUGAGCUUGUAUAUCAAUUCGAUGCCCCUGAUCUUUGCUUUCCGGGUGGUCGAUUGCGUCAUGGCGAUGGGCGUCAAGGUGAUCUUCCAGAUCGGCCUAGCCGUGCUCAAGAUCAACGGCGAAGAGCUUCUGGAGAUCACGGACGACGGAAUGUUCAUCAAUGCAAUGCGGUCUUACUUUGCGACGUUAGGCGACUCGGCACAUCCUGAUCACUCGGAUCCUCGUGUCCGAGCCAUCACCAACUUCCAAGAACUGCUCGUCGUGGCGUUCCGGGAAUUCAACGUCAUCACUGAAGAGACGAUCCAGUCGGAAAGAAAACGUUUCCGCGCAAUCAUCGCGGACGAGAUCGAAAUGUUCUCCAAGCGCGCCGCUGUACGGAAUCUCAAGUUUACAGGUCGGUUCAACAAGGAGCAGGUCACAACGAUCUAUGACAAGUUUUUCGCCGCCGUCUCUUCGCCCCUUGUGAUGUCGGUCAACCCAUCGCCCAAAGCGACACCGCCCGUCACGCCAGGUAGCGCUCAAGAUUCGGCAGGUCGGCUAGAGACAAGGAUCGACCUCAAGACGUUCAAGUUGUUUUUGAGCGACAUUUGCUCUUGGGCCAGAGACGAGAUUGUCUAUCAAAACGCCUUUUCCAACCGGACCGAGAAGAAGGUCGCCGAGCACGAACUCGUUGAGAGGUUAUACUUUUCAUGGGACACCUCUCAUCAAGGGUACCUCUCGCUGCAGGAUGUGGUGGCCGGUUUGGACACCGUCAUGUUUGCGGGGCUGAUGGAGUCCAUCGAGUGGUUCUUCCACUUGCACGACAAGAACAAGGACGGUUUCCUGACCAAAGACGAAGUCAUUCAGCUUUCGGAAUCUCUCCUCUUCAUCUUCCGGAAUGAGCCAGGCGAUGCCUACUUGGCUGCGGUCUCAAAGUUCAUCUUAAACGCGUUCGAUUUUGGUGAUGCGACGGCACCGGAAGAGAGCUUGCAACCUGAUCAUGCCGACGAAGAAGUGCCGACAGCGGGAGAUGAUCACAACGCCACACAGAACAGGAAGCGGGCCGAAAGCGUUAGCAGCCCCCACAACGCUCCUUACUUGAACCUGGCAACGUUUAGGAUGGUCAUUCUGGCCGAUGAGCUGCUCGAGGGAUUCUUUGAUUCCGAUCUGGCGGCGUCAUUCCGCCUAGACGCCGUACCCGGCGAGUACCAUGUAACGCAAGCGAAAUCCGACACCCUGAUCGGCGGACUCGUGAACAUGGUCGUGACCAACGAGAAUAAGUCUCGAUUCAACCGCUUUGCUGACGGGCUCGGUUCGGCACUGGGUCGUCACGCCGAGUGGCGAAAGCCUGCUAUCGGCAAGAGCGAUCCCGUGCACAUAACGUCGGACGUCCAAACAAGAGAAUCGCUGCUCAACCCGGCUCAACAAGAGGUGCAACGAUUGCGCAGUCCGUCAUCGGCCUCUUCGGCCACAAUGACAAGCACGGCUUCGCAGAUGCCUUCGAGAAUAAGAGCGCCCUCGACAUCGUCAACUAUGGACAACAAGCGCAAGGACGAGGCGGAUAUGCUAAGAGCAGCGCAAGAAGCCAUCAUGCAUAGGCCAAAUUUCGCGAUCGAUGCGAUCGGUGACACUGACGAAGACGCACCGGGAGGCGAGGACGAAGAGGGCGUCAUGGACGAGGUAGAAGCUUUCUUGAAGGCAAACGACACCGACGAAAAGGGGCUGACGGGUGAAGCCAAAGCCACCGCUAAUGAUCUACUGACUGCCGAGCCUAUCCGAUGAACGAUGCCGCAGGACGGCCUGCCAUGUACUAUGCACGACUGUGAUGCAAUGGGCGACGACCAUGUUGUUUGAUAGUGUACAUGCUGAUAUAAAGAUACCACAGCCAUGUAAAGUAUC